AUGCCUUCUCUUAGCAUCACCGCUGCUGCCGCUGCUCUCCUGAGCGCCGCCACCGUCGCCGCUCACGGCCACGUCACUCACGUCAUCACCUCCGAUGGCGUCGAGCACCAGGGUUGGGACCCUUCCUCCGGAAUGGGUUAUGGUAACAACUUCCCCGACGUCGUUGGUUGGACCACUACCGUCCAGGACAACGGCUUCAUCUCCAAGGAGAGCCACGCCAAUGCCGAGAUGGCCUGCCACCGCGGUGCCACUCCCGCUGCCCUCUCCGUCACCGUUCAGGCCGGUGAUGUCCUCACUCUCGCCUGGGACACUUGGCCGGCCGAGCUUAGCUGGUUCAAGAUCUCCGAAGUCGGCAAUGUCACUCCUGGCACUGGCGACAACGGUGUCUGGGGUGCUGACCUGUUGCUCAACAACGGUGUCAAGUGGCAGGUUCAGAUUCCCGACUUCGUCACCCCUGGAGAGUAUGUCCUCCGCCACGAGAUCAUCGCCCUUCACUCUCUUGGCGAGCCCCAGCACUACCCCCAGUGCAUCAACCUCGUGAUUGAGGCUAUGAUCCAGGGUGUUUCUCCCAUCCUCGACCAGGGCUCCGGUGCUCCCGCUCCCGGCUCCGGCUCCGGCGGAGACGACUCCGGAAAUGGCGAUAACGGUAGCGACGAUGGCAGCGACAGCGGCAGCGACAACGGCUCCACUCCCACCGAGCCUGCUCCUUCGGCUACUGCCACCCCCACCAUUCCUGUCCCCGGAAACAACGCCGAGGAGCCCGCCGAGGAGCCCGUCGAGGUCCCUGCCGAGACGGAGGCCCUGCCCCGGCCACGCCUACCCGCAGGCCUUGCAGCCGCCGUCGCCGCCGCCGAUCCCACCACUAAAUAG